AUGAGAUUUCACUUCGAUCCAAAUAAUGUUAAUCGAAUCAAAUAAUAAUAACAAGAUAAGCAAUAGAAAUAACCUAAAAUAGAAUUGCCAGAUUCAACAAAUGUAGUCUAAAAUAUACAAUCUAUUUCAAUAGAAUUGACAAAUGAAAAUUCAAAUAUGGUAAUUUUAAUGUAAAUUUAGGAAGUACAUUAAGGAAAUGAUUAAUAAAAAUUACUACCAGAAUUAAAUUAACACAUCUAUGAACCAAAGGAAUAAUGGGAGAAAUUACCUGAUUAUCCAUUAAUAAUUUCAGAAUUGAAAGUUCCUGAUUGUAAUCAAAAUGAAAUUUAUCUUGCUUUAUAUGAAUAAUGUUUUAAUGAAGAAAUUGUCAAAUUUAAAGAACAUUAUUCAUAAUAUAAGGAACUAAUUUUUUACUGCGAUAAGAUGCAAGGAAUGAUGAGUGCUUUUCUUAAAAAGGAGAGAUAAAUGAAGGAGAAAUAUUGUUAACCUAAUUAAAAAGAUUUACCAUAUCAUAUUAAGAAAUUAGAAUAUUAAUAAUAAAUUAAGGAGUAUGAAAAAUCUAUUGAGAAAUUCAUUAAAGCUUAGACUAAAAUACAAUAGAUUAUAUCAAAUGAUAACCUAUAACAUGUAAGUAUAUAAAUGAUCAAUCAUAUAAGUUAUGAUUAAUCAUUAAAUCAUGAUAUUUUUAAUUAAAGAAUAAAUGAAUUUCUUGAAAAGAAUUAAAAUUUAAAAGAAUAAUUACAAUAAAGAACAACAUAACAUGUAUUGAUUAUUAUAUAUAAUUAUUAGUUUGUAAAAUUAUUGAAUGAUAGUAAGAAGAUGUAAGAAGAAAAUUAAGAAAUUUAAAGAUAAAUCUUGUAACUUGAAUAAAAUUUAGGAAAAAAUACAGAUUAAUUUUAAGUUUUAAAUUGUUUCAUUUGA